CUUCGGCAGGUUAGCAGGGAAGUGCUUGCAAAGAACUAGAAGUAUGAACUGCACUGCUGUUCUGAAGAAGCACGUGUACAGCAUGGACACUGUGCAAGAAGAACAAAUCCUGCAACCUCUCUGGAACUUCAUGAGAAACCAACAUGACUGGCUUACAUCACCUUUCUUCCCAGUGUUGUUUUCAUUUGUUGUUUAUAUGUCUUUCUGCUUGCCAUUUAUUACUCUGGACCUUCUAACAAUAAAACUACCAUAUUUGAGAAAGUAUAAGAUCCAGUCUCAGAGCAACCCUACAGCAGAAAUGAUGGCUGCCUGUUUAGUUCAAACUGUUUAUAAUCACAUUGUCUUCAUCUUUCCAGUAACUGUAGCUCACUGGUACUGGAGACCAAUGAACUUCCCUCCUACUGCUCCAGAGCUCAGAGAAGUCAUCUUUGAUGUCAUCGGCUGUCUGCUCCUUUUUGAUAUGCAGUACUUCAUCUGGCAUUUGCUGCAUCAUAAGAUUCCAUGGCUUUACAAGGCAUUUCACAAAGCUCAUCACAAGUAUACGGCUACAUUCGCACUUACCACAGAACAUUCCAGUGCAUGGGAGACUCUCUCACUAGGUUUCUUUGCUGCCAUCAAUCCAAUGUUGCUGAAAUGCCAUCCUCUGACAGAGACCAUCUUCUUCAUUGUCAACAUCUGGUUGUCAGUAGAAGAUCAUUCAGGGUAUGACUUUCCCUGGUCCAUACACAGACUAGUACCAUUUGGACUGUAUGGAGGGGCUCCACAUCAUGAUUUGCACCACAUGAAAUUCAGAUCAAAUUAUGCUCCGUACUUUACCCACUGGGAUAAACUUUUUGGUACAUUUGCACAGCUGAAUGCAAAAUGAACAUAGAGACUGGCUGAAGACUCAGAAUAAACUGUAACUUGAACCUUUUUUUUUUUCUGGAAAAGAGAUAGAAAACCUUAUACUAUGAACAUUUCUUUUUGCUGGUCAAACAGAAAUAUCGUUCCAGAAUGUGUACUUGAAAUUAUAUGCAUACUGGCAAGUGACUAAGUAUAACACACUAUUUAAAUUUUCCUGUUUAUUUGACAUUAUUUUUAUAACAGGUAUACAUAAGUAAUAUUUAUUUAUUAAUAAUAAUUUAUAUAACUGAAUUAACUGCUAAUAAUGUCUAAGUGUCCAUGUGAAAGAGUAUAUUUAUGUGCUUGACAAAAUUUUAAACCCUCAAAAUCCCAAUUUGUUUAAUAUAUAUACUAACAAAUGUUUUCAGAAUGCUCAACAUUGAAACACACAUUUUUAUAAAUAAAGCAUAUUUUUUGA